GGCAACAAGGGAUGAGGUUGGGUGGACAGCAAAAGCUAGUCGGUUGGAAAAGCUCAGUAGAUCCAGCACCUGGGCUUUACUCGUUGCAUUUGGAUCCAUCUGAGGCUCUGCAAUUCGUGCUCACAUGGAACAACUCUGUCCAGUAUUGGGAGAGCGGACUUUGGGACGGCCAAACUUUCGGUGAUAUUCCAGAAAUGCCACAAGAAACCCAGUUCCACCACAAACACAGCUAUGAAAAUACUAGCACUGGUGUGUAUUUCAACUAUAAAGUUGACUCCGGCAGACAAUCGCGCCCGUGAUUCACAAGAGUGGUGGUCCAGUGGCUGUGUUCGGCGGAGCCCCUUAAACUGCGGUGCCAAAAUUGGCAGCAGCGACGGAUUCAUCGACCUUAGUGUAACAUUGCCUGAUGAAUCGGCUUCGUCAUACCCUCAUGCUCUGCGUAACUGCUCAUGCUCUGCGUUUACCUUCAAUUCUCCUUCAGGAUCCUGUCACAUCUGGUCCGGAGAUUUGCUAAACAUGCUGAGUUCUCCAUCAGACAACAGAUGGACUGUCUCGAUUCGAGUAGCUGCCUCUGCCUUUCCAAAGUUUCACAAACCACCGUCCUCCUCAAAACUGAAAACCAUAAUCAUUGUGAGUGUUCUCGCUCUCGCUCUUGCUUUGAGCAUCUUUUCAUUUUUAAUGUGGCAAAAGUAUCGGCUACGACGCCCAAUGGAGACGUCUGAAGAUUCCUUGGAGUCUUCUAUUAGAAUGUUUAGUUACAUGGAGCUGAGGAUUGCAACAAGGAAUUUCAGGUCUAAGUUAGGAAGCGGAGGAUUCGGCUCAGUGUUCAAAGGAUCUCUAACAGAUGGUACGCUUGUGGCCGUAAAGAAAUUGAAUUCUAGUUCAAGACAACAUGAAAAGCAGUUCCGAGCCAAAAUCAGUUCUCUUGGCAACACACAACAUGCGAAUUUGAUCAGACUUCGAGGGUUUUGUGCAGAUGGAUCCAGACGGUUACUAGUUUAUGAUUACAUGCCCAAUGGCUCUCUAAAUUCCCUACUAUUCACUAGUAAUUCCAGAAGUAAACAGAAGGUACUCGACUGGAAGACCCGAUUGGAGAUCGCUUUAGGCACUGCUCGAGGUUUGGUUUAUCUCCAAGAGGAGUGCAGAGACCGCAUCAUUCAUGGAGAUGUAAAGCCGGAGAACAUUCUUCUGGACUCUGAUUUUUCACCCAAAUUAGCAGAUUUUGGGUUGGCAAAGCUUGUGGGUAGAGAUUUCAGCCACGUACUGACAACAACGAGAGGAACCAGAGGGUAUUUGGCUCCAGAGUGGAUCUCCAGUCUUCCCAUCACUCCCAAGGUCGAUGUUUACAGUUUUGGUAUUACGCUCUUGGAAAUCAUUUCUGGGCGAAGAAGUCUGGAUUUCACUGCGCAAGAUUCAAGUAAGUAUUAAUUUCCCGCAUGGGCUGCAACUCAAAUUUACCAGGGUAAUACGAUCAGUAUUGUGGACGGAGGCGUUGCAGCAGAGGCAGAUAUUGAAGGGGUGAGAAGAGUAGGCGUCGUAGGAUUGCUAUGCAUAGAAAAGGAGGAGGAGAUGAGGCCAAGCAUGGAACAAGUGCUGCGGAUGCUUGAAGGGAAGAUGAUCCCUCAAACUCUGCAGAUGAAGAUGCUGAGUUGUGCACUCAAGGACCGAACCGAGACUGAUAGCGGCAGCAACGACACUACUGUCUAGAAUAAAGCAAACGAUGUAUGUACUUAUAUAUAAUAUUUUUAAAUUGAAAUUCUCAAACUCAAUAUUAUUGGUUUGGCAGGUGGGCAGGAUAUUAAUGCAUUCACUCUUUUCAAUUAAUCAAUACAAAUGCCGAAUUA